CUUGAUAUCAACCAAGUCACAAGUCGCUUCGCCACUCACCACCGACUGCCGGGGAGCUUUAAAUUUCAUCUAACAUGGCACGCAAAGGUAUUGCACACAAGACCGUCUCGGUAAUCCUGCGAUUACUGGAACUCUCCAGCGCCGCCAUCGUCCUUGGUAUCCUCUCUCGGUUCGCUCAAUUGAUUAGUAUCGCCGGGGUCCAUUUAAAUGGACGAAUUAUUUAUGCCAUGGUUGUCGCUGGCAUAAGUAUUAUUUAUUCUAUUUUCCUCUGCCCACCACUUGAUUCUCUUUUUCUGAGCUUCCCGCUCGACUUCGUUCUCUUUGUUAUGUGGCUGGCGGCGGCUUGCUUGCUUCAAACUGAAACAAAAACCCACUCCUGCUCAGCAAACUGGUAUUAUAACUAUUGGGGCUACUACUGGGGCCGCUAUUGGACCGUAGGGCCGCCUGGCGGAGUUACUAUCGACGGAGCUGGAUGUGCGCAGUGGCGGACCGUUCUCGCCUUUUCGUUUAUCGCUUGGUUUCUCCACUUUGCCAGUGGUGUUUUAGGCAUGUAUGUCUUCCAUAACUAUAUCCGAUUUAAGGAUACGGUACAAUCUGCCAAGCAGCAGAUGAGAAAAAUGUCGCACAGCAGUUAUCCUCAGAAUGGCCACAAUAGGGAUUCUACCGCCAUGGAAGCCGGCCAAGAAAGGGUCAAUCCCACAGAGCCUCGAUCAGAGGUGUAGGCGAAGGAUACCGGCCAUCCCAAUCUCCCUAUCGAUAUCUAGUUUGUCAAACCGCCUCCAGUAUACCCCGUUUGGUUCGGCCCGUGAUAAAUACUACGAGAAUGUUUUGGGGCUAUAGCAUUUGUUUCGUGAAGCUCCUUUUGUCUCCAGACCUGCUCCAAAAAGUACUACGAGCUGCCAUAAGAUCAGCUCUUUAUCGUUCUAUCACAAAAUCAAUAACUACAUGGAAAUAAUAAGGCUAAAUAGGCCCGCCUGUAUAGUAUGGUACUCACCCUUGUUUCGAGAUUCUAGGAAAUAGUAUUGCUUUGAGGACAGGCAGUUGAAUAUAGCUCUAAG